UUGAGGAAGAGUAGAGGCACGCUUUCUUCUCCUUUUUCUUUUUCUUCCUCUGUCACCAUUCUGUCUGGCUCCUCUGGAAACAUGUCCAAUGCUUCACAAGCAAACAUGGACCCCAGCAAGAUGGGGACUGGUCGCUCAAUUGCUGUACUGACAUCAGGAGGAGACGCCCAAGGUAUGAACGCAGCUGUAAGGGCCACGGUCCGUGUUGGUCUCUACACUGGAGCCAAAGUCUACUUUGUUCAUGAGGGCUACCAGGGUCUGGUAGAUGGAGGAGACAACAUCCGCCUUGCUACAUGGGAGAGUGUGUCCAUGAUGCUUCAGCUGGGGGGCACCGUUAUUGGCAGUGCCCGCUGCCAGGACUUCCGCACCAGAGAGGGUCGUAUGCGGGCGGCCUGCAACCUGGUGAAACUGGGCAUCACCAAUCUGUGUGUGAUCGGUGGUGAUGGCAGUCUGACUGGUGCCAAUCAGUUCAGGUCUGAGUGGAGCGGACUGCUGACCGACCUGGUCAAAAAUGGUAAAAUAGCCAAUGAAGAAGCUAAGAAAUCCUCCCAUCUGAACAUCGUGGGCAUGGUGGGAUCCAUUGACAAUGACUUCUGUGGCACUGACAUGACCAUUGGUACAGACUCUGCCCUACAUCGUAUCAUAGAGGUGGUGGAUGCCAUCACCACAACUGCACAGAGCCACCAGAGGACGUUCAUCCUGGAAGUGAUGGGCAGACACUGUGGGUACCUAGCUCUGGUAACAGCUCUGUCCUGUGGUGCAGACUGGGUAUUCAUUCCAGAAAUGCCCCCAGAUGACGGCUGGGAAGAGCACUUGUGCAGGAGGCUGGCAAAUCAAAGGACGAGGGGCUCUCGUCUGAAUGUGAUCAUUGUGGCCGAGGGUGCCAUGUCCAGAGAUGGCAAACCAAUCACCUCUGAUCACAUUAAAAAGCUGGUGACUGAUAAGUUAGGCUUUGACACUCGGGCCACUGUUCUUGGACAUGUACAAAGAGGCGGCACACCCUCCGCCUUUGACAGAAUCCUGGGCAGCAGGAUGGGCGUGGAGGCUGUGAUGGCCCUGCUAGAGGCAACUCCAGAGACCCCUGCGUGUGUGGUCAGCCUAUCUGGGAACCAGGCCAUCAGACUGCCCCUCAUGGAAUGUGUGCAAGUGACCAAGGACGUCGCUGCCGCCAUGGCUGAGGGCAAAUUUGAAGAAGCAAUCAAGCUAAGGGGAAAGAGCUUUGAAAACAACUGGAAUACAUACAAACUACUGGCCCACAUUAAUCCUCCAGAUGUGAAGAGCAACAUCAACGUGGCCAUCAUGAACAUCGGCGCUCCCUGUGCUGGUAUGAACGCCGCUGUCCGCUCCGCAGUCAGGAUGGGCCUUAUUCAGGGUCACAAUAUGUUGGCGGUUCACGACGGCUUUGACGGUCUGGCUCAUGGACAGAUUGAACCCAUCGUAUGGACUAAUGUGAGUGGCUGGACUGGAAAGGGAGGAUCAAUGUUGGGAACCAAAAGAACUCUGCCAAGUAAGGUGAUGGAGGAAAUCAGCCUGAAUAUCGCGAAGUACAAUAUCCAUGCUAUGGUGAUCAUUGGUGGCUUUGAGGCCUAUGUCGGUGGUCUGGAGCUAGUUCAGGCCAGAGAGAAGUACGAGGAAUUGUGCAUUCCCAUGGUGGUCAUCCCUGCCACAGUCUCCAACAACGUCCCUGGCUCCGACUUCAGCAUUGGUGCUGACACUGCUCUCAAUACCAUCACCUCUACCUGUGACAGAAUCAAGCAGUCAGCAGCAGGGACCAAGCGUCGUGUGUUCAUCAUUGAGACUAUGGGUGGAUAUUGUGGUUAUCUGGCUACCAUGGCUGGUCUGGCUGCUGGAGCUGACGCCGCCUACAUCUUUGAAGAUAAAUUCGGUAUUCGAGACCUGGAGAUGAACGUGGAGCAUCUUGUGGAGAAGAUGAAGACAACCGUGAAAAGAGGUUUGAUUCUUAGAAAUGAGAACUGCAAUGCCAACUACACCACUGACUUCAUCUUCAACCUGUAUUCAGAAGAGGGCAAAGGUAUCUUUGACUGUCGCAAGAAUGUCCUGGGACACAUGCAGCAGGGUGGUACCCCGACACCUUUUGACAGAAACUUUGGUACAAAGAUGGGGGCCAAGUCUGUCCUGUGGCUGACUGAGAAACUAAAGGAGUGCUACAGACACGGUCGUAUCUUCGCGAACACACCAGACUCUGCCUGUCUGUUGGGUAUGAGGAAGAGGGCGCUCACUUUUCAGCCUCUUGCUGACUUAAAAGAGGAGACUGACUUUGAACACCGCAUCCCCAAAACACAGUGGUGGCUGAAGAUCAGGCCCAUUAUGAAGAUCCUCGCUAAGUACAAGAUCAAACUGGACACAUCUGAACACGCCGACAUGGAGCAUGUGAUCAAGAAGGGAAGUUCGGUUGUGAAGUCUAUGUAGUUGUAGGUACAACAGAAGUCUACAUACAAAUAUUUAUAGGAAAAAGAGCAUUUUUUUCUGUUCCAUUAACAGCAUUUGCUUGUUUCCCACAUCCUGUCGAUAUGCCUUGGUAGAGGAGCUGCCAUCUUCCUUAUCAAUAAUGACAGGUUUUCUUGCACUUCCACUUUUCCCUAAUUGUGCAACAGGUUCUUGUGCACUUCUAGAGAGAAAUUAAAGAUACAUGUGUAUUA